CGGAGUGCACUGCUGUGAUGUUUGAGAAGGGAGACAGAGAAGCAUCAAGCACAUAUGUAUAGAGUGUUCAGGGAGCCGUGUAGUCAAGCUUUAUAUAUCACAAGAGACACAGUCGUCCGCAGUCAAUUGAAUGAGCCAGUCAGAAUCAGACGAGAUUGGCCCUCGAAAUAAAUCAUUCUCGCGGGAAGAAAAUUUAUUUUGAAACGCGAAUUGUGUGUAUUGGUGCCACAAAUGAGAAGGAAAAUUCCUUCAAAUAAGUGCAAUUAAUGUGAAAAAGAAAUUAUAAUGUGAAUGUUGGAAUAAUUUAGUAAAAAAAAACGAAAAUUUCCACAUAAUUCUCUAAAAACUUUUAUUCGUAUAAAGUAUUUUUAGUAAAUGAAGAGAGAUUAACUACUUUGUGUUGGGUCUUUUAUGAACUUUUUCUGACUGGUGCUCUAUCAUAAAUAAAUACAUUCACAACGACUAAAGUAAAUUUUAUAUAAAGGAAAGAUUGCAUUAUAAAGCACUUUACAUUCGUACCAGACUUAUUAAUCACACUGGGGGGAGAGAGUGUUUCAAAGUGCAAAAAAAUUCCUCAGAGAGGAAGGAAAGAAAAAAGAUCAAAAUGUUGGGAAUAAUUGAGAUAUUUCUCUUUCUCUGUGUUGUUUACUAUUUAUUUGGCAAAAGGACUGGCGAUAUGGUAGAUGUAAUGUCGACGCGCCUUCAGGAGGCGUAUGGUUCGUGGUCGUAUAAUGGCUUUAACUGGGGUGACGGUGGACAACGUGGCGAGGAACGUCCCACAUUUGACUUUCUACGUCGUUUUGGUGAGCGACAGCGCAAGAAGCGUGCCCAAGAGAAGGAAACCGACAAACGUACACGUGAGAGUAGCUUGUAUGAGAUUAAGGAGUCCGUCAUGCAGAUCCCACCGUUGCCACAGAAUAUGCCGCAGGGAUUGGCAUGUAGGUAUUGUGCACCCGGAUCGGAGAUUCAACUGGACCCACAUGAGCGUCGUCGUGAUGUAAUUGAUGUUUUGCGCACAACACAGCACGUCAAUCAGGGCCCAACGAAAUCUUGGUGGAAUUUAGCCACAUACUUCCCCAUCUUGGCACAGUGUUUGCGUGUGAAGAAGUACCAUUUCCCCGAGGUGUCACCCACAGUGCUCAAGGAUAAGCGUGUAUUGGAUGCCAUUGAGCAGGCAACCAUUGAAUCCGUCCGGGAGGAACGUCAAGCAGCCGAGGCCCAAGGGAGGGUAUUCAGUGAUACGGAAACAUACACGAAGAUGCUGGAGAAACAGAAUAAACGUGCCCGGAAAGUCAUGAAGGAUAUGCGUGCAAAAAUGUCAAAUGUCCUCCUGCAGAUUACAUCGUGGAUCAUCUACAAACUCCUCCCGUGCUUUCUCACAGGAGCCGUUGCGCAUCCAGCACAAAUUGAAAUGCUCAAAGCCGCCUCGAGACGUACCCCGAAUACCCCAUUGAUUUUCCUACCGCUCCAUCGAAGUCACCUCGACUAUGUUCUCGUGACAUUUAUGCUGCUCAACAAUGAUCUACGUGUUCCCGUAAUUGCAGCUGGGAAUAAUCUGCGAAUUCCCUUUUUUGGUGAAGCUCUUCGUGGUCUGGGGGCGUUCUACAUUAAGCGGAAAAUUGAUCCAAUCACCGGAAAGAAGGAUAUUGUCUACCGUGCCAUACUCAAUGCGUACUUACAGCAUUGCCUAACAGCUGGGCAUAAUGCGGAGUUUUUCAUUGAGGGCGGAAGGACACGCACAGGGAAGCCGUGCAUACCCAAAGGGGGAAUUCUCUCAGUUGUCGUUGAGGCAUUUCUCGAUAAGACCGUACCCGAUGUUCUCCUUGUGCCCGUUUCCGUAAACUACGAACGUCUUGUUGAUGGGAAUUUUGUGGCUGAACAAUUGGGACAGAGGAAGCCUCCGGAAACAUUUGCUUCCGCCAUUUCGGCCAUUUGGAAGGCUGUCAAGUCAAAUUACGGCUUAAUGCGAAUUGAUUUCAAUGAACCAUUUUCCCUAAAGGAGCUCGUGGAUGCCUUCAAGAGGAACCAGGAGCACCAUACAGCCCCACAGAGGAUUGAGCCGGGAGAUCGUCUUUUGCAGCAAACAAAAUCCUCAACAUCGCUCUAUGGGACGGACAUUGUGCAGGAGGACAAUAGAUGCCUUGUGGAUAGUAUAGCACGGCAUGUGGUGUAUGAUUGUGCCAGUGCAACGAGUGUCAUGUCCACAAAUGCCGUGACAUUCCUCCUUCUGACGCAAUUUCGCCGAGGGGUCACUCUCAGUGUCUUUGCACGUGCCCUCGAUCGUCUUCGUGAUGAUCUAACUGGGCUAAAGGAUUUGGGCUUCACUGGCAACUCAGAGGACAUCAUCAAGUAUGUUUUGGAACUUUUGGGGGAACAUCUAAUCACCCUGGACACCAUCAAUGGGGAGAUGUUUGUUAAGCCCGUGAAUACCGUACCGGCAAUGUUGGAACUUGCCUACUAUGCCAAUACAUUAAUGCCCUUCUACGUCUUGGAAUCCGUUGUAACAUCAGCAAUGUAUGCCCUUCUACCACAGGAUGUACUAAAUAACACCGCAACAACACUCAAUGAGAAGAUCUCACUCCUUGAGGAGGAUAUUCUUGAGUUGUGCCACAAAUUCUGUGAUAUCCUACGCUAUGAAUUUAUAUUGAAUAAACCAUGCCAGGAUUUGGAUACACUCCUCCGCGAUACACUACACAAAAUGAGCGAUAGAGAUCUGAUAAGUAUUCCAAAGAAAAUGCACACAGAGGCUGAGCUGGAGGCAAAAAGAAUGCACCGAAGACUCCUGCUGAAUAAUGACAUUGAAGAUGAUGAAGAUUACGUGACGUAUGGGUAUGAGGAGGAGAAUGUGGUGAUGGUGGACAUGAAUCAGAGGGUACAUCAUGUAAAUUCAAUUGCAAUCCUCGCCCCCAUUGCCCGGACGUACCUCACAGUCGUUGAUCACCUCCAUCGAUUGUUGGGCAAUUCGCAGCUUGAGGUGGAAUUCAUCAAGGGAGCCCUUGCGGAAGUUAGGCAGAAGUUUGAUAAUCAGGAGUGUGAGUUUGGCGAAAGCGUUUCAGUGGAAAUGAUAAAGAAUUGCCUGAAGCUCCUGGAAAAGUGGUCAGUGGUACAGGUAGAGUGUGCCGGUGGGGUUCGUCUCCUCUCCCUCACGCAUCGCUACCACUCUUCGGCGGGAAUUGAGGAGGUUUACCACAAAAUCCAAGCAUUCAACUGCAUCAGUCACUUCACCUUCGAAAGUGAUCGACUUUUGUAGUUUAAAAGAAAAAGAAUUGAAUGCAGCGGAUUCUCCCAGUAAUUUUUUUUUCAAAUGCAUUUACGUCGCUCAAUUUUUAUUUUACCACUUUAUUGGAUUUUUUUUUAUACCUCCUAAUAAAUGAAAAAAAUUGUUCAGUUCACCGUCAUUAAUAGUGGGAAAAAAAUGAGCAACAAAAUGUGUACAAAGGUGUUUUUUCAGUCCAAAAAAAAUGAAGAAUUAAUUAAGGAAUAAAAUUUGAAAUUUUCACGAAAA